UACAAAACCCACCCCUCCCUUCACUGGAUUUUGCUAUCCUCUCCCCGUCGAACUCCAAGAUAAUCUCUACAUGCUACAUACAAUGCCCCUUUCAUUUUCUCUGCAAUUUUCUCCCAUAUUCACUCCAUCUUCUUCUUCUUCCUCAAAUUCCCAACGCUCUCGGCUAUGGCUUCCACUCCCUUCGUCUCUGAAGAGAGCCGUUUCGACCCGAGUGGUCUGCAUUUCAACUCGACCCAAUAGGAAAUCUGGGGCUAAGACUGACAGAUCGGAGGCUGAAGAACUCGUUCGCGGUAUAAUUAGAAAGUUCAGCGACAAAGAACCAUUGCUCAAGACACUGGACAAGUACGUCCGUGUUAUGAGAACUGAGCAUUGUUUUCUUCUAUUUGAGGAAUUGGGGAAAAGGGAUAAAUGGCUUCAGUGCCUCGAGGUCUUCAGAUGGAUGCAGAAACAACGUUGGUAUAUUGCUGACAAUGGGGUUUAUUCUAAACUAAUAUCUAUUAUGGGAAAGAAGGGCCAAAUUCGGAUGGCUAUGUGGUUGUUUUCUGAGAUGCGAAAUAGUGGGUGUCGACCUGAUACUUCUGUGUACAAUGCACUUAUCACAGCACAUCUUCAUUCUAAGGACAAAGAAAAGGCUUUAGUUAAAGUCCUUUGGUAUUUUGAGAAGAUGAAAGGGAUGGAACGAUGUAAGCCAAACAUUGUUACUUACAACAUUCUUACCAGAGCUUUUGCUCAAGCUGGAAAAGUGGAUCAAGUUAAUACAUUGUUUAAAGAUCUUGAUGAGAGUAUUGUUUCAGCUGAUAUAUAUACAUAUAAUGGAGUGAUGGAUGCAUAUGGGAAAAUUGGGAUGAUUAAAGAGAUGGAAUUGAUGCUUGCUCGCAUGAAAAGCAAUCAAAUUAAACCAGAUAUCAUAUCUUUUAACUUGUUGAUUGAUUCAUAUGGGAAGAAACAGUUAUUUGACAAGAUGGAACAAGUGUUCAAGAGUUUGUUACAAUCGAAGGAGAGGCCAACACUGCCUACUUUCAAUUCGAUGAUUACGAACUAUGGGAAGGCACGGCUUAGAGAGAAAGCUGAAGAGGUUUUUAGGAAGAUGAAGGAUAUGGGAUAUGAGCCAAGCUAUGUGACUUGUGAAAGUCGAAUCAUGAUGUAUGGUCACUGUGACUGUGUUUCUAAGGCUAGAGAAAUCUUUGAUGGAAUGGUUAAUUCUGGGAAGGAGGUGAGAGUCUCAACACUCAAUGCCAUGCUUGAUGUUUACUGUAUGAAUGGUUUGGCCUUGGAAGCCGAUUUGCUUUUCGAGAGUGCGAGUAAUAUGAGGGUGUUUCCAGAUUCAACAACAUACAAGCUAUUGUAUAAAGCUUACACCAAAGCUGAUAUGAAGGAACUUCUGGAGAAGCUCUUGAAGAACAUGGACAAAGCUGGCAUCAUUCCAAAUAAGAGAUUCUUCCUCGAUGCUUUGGGAACGGUUGGAUCUUCACCAGUAAAACCAAAUCCUGCAAGAACUAAAACAGGUUCAAGAAACUCAGGUAGUAGAGUGGAAAAACCAAUAUCUUCAAGAACUAGAACGGAUUCAGGAAACUUGGGAAGUAGAGUGGAAAAACAAAUAUCUUGAAGAAGUAGAACAGCUUCAAGAAACUUGGAAAGUAGAGUGGAAACCCAUGCUCCAGAGUUAGGCUUAGCUUAAGAAUUUUUUGUAGUCAAUCUACAUUCUUUAGGAGCUUCUUGACUUCUCCCAUUGGAAUAUGGAGAAUGGUACGGCAGUUCUACAAAAAUUACAGGAAUGUUGAGUGUUAAAGAAGCCAAAAUUUUAUACAUAUGCGUGUACUUAUUUUCCCAUGAAAUUUUAUCAAUUUGAUCAGGUUACGUACCUCACAAAGUUGGGAUGUACAAAUAAACA